CAUUUGAAAUUUUAGUUUAGUUGUUUUCGACAAUGAUAACCAGUCGCUCGCGUACAUCGGCAAAUAUUUGCAAAAGACAAAGGCAACGCAAGUUCAUAGAUGCGGCUUCAACAGGAAAAAAUGUUCCCUUGAGCAAGGUGGAUUGGCUGGAGCGUUGGUGUUCUCUACCAUUUGAGGAUGAAACGAUUUUAAAAAAAAUCUAUGAGUUGCAAGUGAGAGGCGAUGAUGUCUAUGUGAUAACAUUUCCCAAAAGUGGCACUACCUGGAUACAGGAAGCAGCCUGGUUGUUGUGCAAUAACUUGGAUUUUGAUAGAGCCAAUAGAGAUAUUCUUAUACCCAAACGAAGUGUAUUUUUGGACUAUAGCGGCUUGUAUAGCUCUGCACCAGGCAAUUCUGUUGAGCAGGCUGAAGAAGCUAAAUCACCUAGAGUUUUGAAAACACAUCUACCAGCCCAUUUAAUACCCAAUGAAAUAUGGAAGAAGAAAGCCAAGAUCAUUUAUUGCGCCCGCAAUCCCAAAGAUACUGCAAUAUCCUAUUUUCAUUUUCUUCGUGGCCUUGGCACCUGGGUGGGUGACCAGAUUGAUGACUUUGUGGAGGAUAUAAUAAAUAAUGACAUAAUGUAUUCUCCAUACUGGGAGCAUCUUAUGGAAUUUUGGCAAAUGCGUCAUGAGGAGAAUAUUUUCUUUACCACCUAUGAAGCCAUGAAAAGGAAUUUGAGAAAAGUUCUAAUCGAACUAAACCAUUUUCUAGAGAAACCUCAGCUAAGCGAUAAAGAUUUGGAAAAGUUAGAAGAGCACCUAUCGUUUAAAAAAAUGAAAGGUAGUCCCAGUACCAAUUUAACAUUCUCUGUGAGGAAUGGUCAUGGUAGUCCCCAUAUUCGAUCAGAUUUUGAGUACAUGCGUCGCGGCAUUGUUGGUGCCUUUAAGGAUGAGCUAAGCCACAAAACUUUGAGUACACUGGACAAUUGGACAGCAGAUAAUUUGAAAAUAUAUGAUGUUACUUUGGAGGACAUAUUUGGAACAGUUUAGUGUACAAAAAUACCUAUCCAAAGAUCAAACAUUUAUUUCCAAGAAAAAUGUUGUCUAACUUUUAUUUCUGCACAAUAUUAUGUAAAAAUUGGAUUCUA